GUUCUGUUUGUUCUGGGCAGAGACAAAAGCGGUGGAAAGAGCAGAGGAACCCCAGUCCGGUGUUUAACUGGGGCGCCGUAAGGUGAGACCCUCGGGAGCCGCGGGAGCUGCCGGUGCCGCGGGAACAAGGAUGGCCGGAGCCGGGUCCUCCAGCGUGAAGCUGGAGAAGAGUGUCAGACGCCUCAGGGAGAAGUUUCAUGGCCAUAUGUCUGUGCAGAAGGCAAAUGUCUUAAUGGAGAGAUACAACCACGACCACGAGUUCGUGGCUUCCUGGCUGGUUAAACAAAUGAAUGAGUUCAGAUCAGAAAAAGAAGAUGUGCACCAAGCAGACCCAGCUGUCCAGGAUCAACAAAAUGUCUUGAAGGACAGAGACAUUGAGGAGGUGGCUGCCACCAUGAGCUUACCGCUGACAGAGAAAAAUCUGCGCAUGUUGGAUGAUGCCCAGAAGGGCCAUAUCUCUAAGGAAGACUGCCAGUUUGCCUGCGGUACCUGUGAUAAAAUGUGGUGGCGCCGGGUGCCUGAGCGCAAAAAGGUGUCCCGUUGCCGGAAGUGCAAGGUGAAAUAUGAUCCGGUGCCCAAAGACAAGAUGUGGGGUAAAGCCGAGUUCCAAUGUUUACAGUGUGGCCACACCUUCACGGGUUUUGCCCAGAUGGGAACUCCAUUCCCAUGCUACCACUGCGGCACCUCUGUCCUGCCAAAUCGCAUCCUACCCCCACGCCGAUCCCAGAAUGAGAAAGGUAGAAAACACACACACACCUGCUUUGGUGGUGACUGCUACAACCGGCAAGGACCCUCCACACCAGGGACUUCCUGUGUGCACCCCAAGAGCCGGAAACAGAAAAAUAUGCCUGUUGUCUUGUGGCCAAGUGCUGUCCAUGAGAGCACCGGCUCCACUGUGGCCACCUGUCUUAGCCAGGGCAGCCUCAUAGAAGACCUGGACCACUUGAUCCUGGAGGACCUCAAAGAGGAAGCAGAAGAAGAGGAAGGCAACUAGGAGCUUUUCAUUGUUCUUUCCACCCCGAUAUCCCUUACAGACUUGGAGGACCAGUGUUGACCUGUGGGACCAAUAGAAGUGGGGGGUGGGUCCUGAACAAUGGUCUGGGGAAAGACUGACAGGUCACUCAGGGGAAAGCCUCUCCCUAUGAUGUAAGAGGGUCCAUACGUGUGCAUUUUAGCAUAAUGGAGGUGGGUAAGGAGCUCUUAACCCCCUCCAUGUGAGAAACACUGCGGCCCCCAUACCCACAUGCCAUAUACAUAGACAUACAUUAUGAUGCUAACGUUUUAUAUGCCAUGUUCAAAAUUACAAAGGGGCAUGCCCUAUUCUC